GGCAACGUGGAGUCACUGGAGUGCUGGGAUGUCAAAGGCAACAAGAUGGCUGCAAUUAGGAAUGAGAAUGUGACGUAACUCCUCAUUCUCUAUACUACGGGCCUAAAGUGAAGUUUGAAGAAUAUCAGAUGAACAAAAACACCCCAAAUGAUCCACAGCAACCUUCAGUCUCACAGUUCAUGGAAACCCAUGUUGGGCAGUACAGUGUCACUCACCCACAACAGAGAGCUAUAACUAAUUCAAUACUUUCUGACUUAGUUAUUGAUUGCAACCUACCUCUGUCCAUUGUGGAAAACAAGAGUUUUCGGCACUUUCUCUCAGUGGUUGACCAUAAGUAUGCUCCCCUGUGUCAAAGAACAAUGACCUCAAAAGUAGAAAACCUUGCUGAGGAGCGAUGCAAUAAGCUAAAAACUGUGUUAAGGAACACACAAAAUGUGUCUGUCACAGUGGAUAUUUGGUCCAAUAGAAAAAUUAGGUUUUCUUGGUGUAACUGCACACUUUGAGACAACUGAUGAGAAGAUCAAACUUAACUCCAGUUUACUGGCUUGCAACCGUUUCAAAGCCCCACACACAGCUGAAAGAAUAAGUGAGCAAUUUGAAUCAAUCUGUGAUGAUUUUAACAUUAAAGAUAAAUUAGACUAUAUUAUUAGUGAUAAUGCAGCCAACAUGAAGAAGGCCUUCACUGUGUGCUUCCCCACUGAACAAGAACAAGACAUACAUGAUGAGGACCAACUUGAUGAUCCACAGAUCUGGAAUGACCUAAGCCCAGAGGAGCAGCAAUCCUUGGAUGCUGCUAUUGCAAGAAAACAGCAUCUUCAGUGCUUUGCCCACACUCUCCAGCUGGUGGUGGGUGACGGUUUAAAAGAAACAAAUGCAAUUUCAUGUGCUCUCUCAAAACUGUCCAAAAUCAGCUCAUUGCUUCACACAAGCACAACAUUCAAAGAAGUCUUUCAGUCUGAAUUUGGAGAGAAGAGCAUUCCAGCUGCUGUUAAUACAAGAUGGAACUCAACACUGAGACAGGUAAAAGCACUAAUAGAAUGUGAUCAUCCAAAGGUUUGUGGUGUUCUGGAAAAGUCUGGACAUAAGGAGCUGUUGUUCACAUCAAGGGAGUGGAAUCAGUUGAAGGAGGUGGUGGACAUUUUGAAGCCGUUUGCAGAGGCAACAGAUCUGACACGGGGAAAAAACGGUCAUCAUCAGUGCUGUUGUUCCAUCGGUUCUUGCUCUAAAUCACCACUUGGAGAAGCUGAAGUCACAGGUCUGCUUCUUAAGUGGCCUAGUCAGAAGUUUGCAAGCAUCCCUCGUCAAAAGAUUCCUUGGAAUAUUCAUCAGUGUAAAAAUGGCAAGUGCGAAAGACGAAACCCCUGCACCAUUUUCAGACCCAGUCUAUCUAAAAGCGGCUGUCUUGGAUCCAGCGUUUUCACUGCAGUGGCUAGAGCACCAUGUGCUGGUCAGUCCUGAAAUCAAGGAUGUGGUUGAACAAAAAGUGAAGGAUAUAAUCGUGGAAGAUGCUGCUGAGUUUGUGCAGGCUACUUGUUUUGAGUCUGAAGAUCAAGGGUAUAAGGCCUCUUCUUCAGCAGCCUGAAGAAGAGGUGGGGCUGUUUGCAGCCUAUCAUAAGAGACAAAGGAAAAACACUGGGACCACACCAGCACAUCAGUUAAGUCACUAUCUUGACUUAUCUGAAGGACAGAAUGCCCUGUUAUUCUGGGCUAUGAACAGGAACACCCUUCCUGCAUUAUUCUGAGUGGCCAUCAGGGUCUUGGCAGUGCCUGCCUCUAGUGCCCCAGUAGAGUGCGUUUUCAGCCAUGGAGGCAUCAUACUACGACACCAUCACACACAAAUGAGUGACAGACUUUUGGCCAAUUUGAUCUUUUGCAAGUGCAAUGCACCAUUGGGCCCAGAAAAAAGAAUAAUCACUGUUACGGACGGAAACAUUCAUUCAUUCCUUCACUCACAAAAACUUGUAGUAUAAAGUUUGGUUGCACAGUUUUUAAAUGAUCUUCAUGAGUUUGUGUGUAUCCAUGUUGCAUGUUUGGCAAGUAUGGUAGCAGUAAUUUCUUCUGCAUCUGCAUUUCUUUUCACAUGAUAUUUCUUAAUCUGUUUCUCUGAGGUUCUAAAGAAUCAUUCAAUCGAUAUGUUC